AUGGCAAUGGUUUCGCGGAAAGCAGCGAAUCUUCGCUGGAUGCCAUCUAUUCUCUCGGUUCGACUCAGUCAAACACAGGCAGCAGCUUCGGCAAAGCCAGCCACUGCUCCACCAGCGUCUACCGAGAAACCAAAGAAAAUCAAGAAGUUCUCUAUUUACCGAUGGGAUCCCGAAAAGCCCGGAAUGAAGCCGACGAUGCAAACUUACGACGUCGAUCUCAAUGCCUGUGGCCCUAUGAUUCUGGACGCGCUAAUUAAGAUUAAGAAUGAAAUGGAUCCAACGCUUACCUUCCGACGCUCUUGUCGGGAGGGAAUUUGCGGCAGCUGUGCGAUGAACAUCGAGGGCACCAACACUCUUGCCUGUAUUGCUAAAAUUUCCGACGUUGGAAGUACCACCAAGAUUCUUCCUCUGCCCCACAUGUACGUUGUCAAGGAUCUCGUACCGGACUUGACGCUGUUCUACGAGCAGUACCGCUCCAUUCAGCCGUACCUGCAGCGAAAGGACAACAAGCCACUGGGCUCUGAGCAGAACCUUCAGUCAAUCAAAGACCGUGAAACGCUUGAUGGCCUCUACGAGUGCAUCCUCUGCGCCUGCUGCAGCACCAGCUGCCCUUCAUACUGGUGGAACUCUGACAAGUACCUCGGUCCGGCGGCGCUGAUGCAGGCCUAUCGCUGGAUCAUCGACAGCCGAGACCAGGCCACUGCUGAGCGUCUCGACCAGCUAAAAGACCCCUUUAGCGUCUUUCGCUGUCACACCAUCAUGAACUGCACUCGCACCUGUCCGAAGCACCUGAAUCCAGGUCGAGCGAUUGGCGAGCUUAAAAAGCUCGCCUCUGGUGUGGCAUCAAAACCAGCGCCCGAUCUCGCCUAG